AUGUCACAUAAGCCAACACCAUAUAGCCCAAAUUUUCCUCCUGGGCAAGGCUAUAUGUCACCUAUGGAAAGAGAAAAGCAAAAUGAAAGUUAUCCAAUGAAUCCACAAGGAGGCUAUCCUGGCCCUCCACCAAACCAAAUGCCACAACCUGGACCAGCUCUACCACCGGGAGCACAGCCACUGCCAGGCAUGCAACCUGGAUAUCAAGUAGGAUUUCAGCCUGGCUAUCAACCUGGUUUUUCGCCAGGUUAUCCUCAUCCACAACCUGGUUACCCUGCACCAGUCAUUCAACAACCAGCGCCUCAAGGCCCUCCUGGUGGAUGGAUGACUAUUCCACGAGGGCUCAGCAAUUGUCCACCAGGCUUGGAAUACCUUUCUAUGAUUGACCAGUUGCUGGUGCAUCAAAAAGUUGAAUUACUAGAAUCUUUUGUUGGUUUCGAAACCAAUAAUAAAUACACCGUGAAAAACAAUAUUGGCCAAAAAGUAUAUUUCGCUGUUGAAGACAAUGAUUGCUGUACUAGAAACUGUUGCGGUCCGAUGCGUCCAUUUGAUAUGAAGAUCUUUGAUAAUUUUCAAAACGAGGUUAUUCACCUUCAUCGUCCUUUAGCUUGUGAUUCCUGCUGGUGCCCAUGUUGGUUACAAAGCAUGGAAGUUUCGGCUCCUCCAGGAACAGUUAUUGGGUCCAUUGAACAGGAAUGGUCUAUCUGUAAACCUUGCUAUGUUAUCAAAAACUCAGUGGGUGACAUUGUUUUAAGAAUCAAAGGGCCUCUUUGCACAUACUCUAUUUGUGGCAAUGUUGAAUUUAAUGUGUAUUCUAAAGACGGCGACACAAAAGUUGGAAAGAUCACAAAGCAGUGGUCGGGGCUCGCACGUGAGAUAUUCACUGAUGCUGACUACUUCGGCAUAACAUUUCCUAUGGACUUAGAUGUGAGGAUAAAGGCAGUUCUAUUGGGAGCCUGUUUCUUGAUUGAUUUCAUGUUUUUCGAAAAAAGCGGAAAUCGAGAACAAGAUGGCCCAGGAAUGCUCUAA